AGAAAGAAGAUAGGCUGGAACUGUUUAAAGGCCUCAAAGUCGCACAAUUUGAUUGGUUUAUGAAGUUGCACUUAGGCAAUUGGCCUGUCAUUUACGUUAGUUUUAAGGGUAUUGUCGGGGAUUAUUGGAUAAAUAGUGGUUCAGCAUUUACGAUUAAAGAAUGUCUAAAAAAAUGUAGCCAAGAUAUUGAAGAUCAGCUUCAAAGUCCUUACUAUGCAUUUUAUUCAUUACAAGAUGAUGAUUCGUUACAAAACCAGGUUAAAGUGAAACUCAUACCACAUCUCCGAUAUGACGUUCUCGUUAAUGAGCCAGACAUAAACGCGAUCUACACAUUACUGUGUUAUAGUGGCUACUUGACCGUAAAAUUCGAUGAUGAAUUCGAAGCCAAACUUGUUAUACCAAACAAGGAAGUUGCUGAACAAUGGAAAGAGUGGAUUAUCGAUUUCUUAGGUGUAGAUCGGCUAAAGGUGAAUGAAAUAUUCAAUUCGUUAUUCAAUAAAGAUAUCAAGACGUUUUGCGAACAAUUUCCCGCCCUUUAUAUUGAAACGGUUUCCUAUCAUGAUAUUGGUGAUUCUAAAAGAGCUAGGUCAUAUGAGAGUCAUUACCAUAAUUUUAUCCUUGGAGCACUUUCAAUAUAUCAUGGUGAUGAUUACCAGGUUUUGUCCAAUCGUGAAAGUGGGAAUGGUCGCUUCGAUAUCCGCAUUGACCCGGUUAACCAAAAAUCCGAUACUUGUAUCAUUUUUGAGUUUAAACUUGCUGAAUCGGAAGACCGUGAUAAAAUGAAAACUAGCGCUAAGAAUGGGCUAGAACAAAUUGCUGAUAGGAACUAUCGCUUCGUCUCUGCUCAACUUUUACGACGUCUAAAAGGUGGAAAAAAAGGUAAACUUUCAACAAAUGCUUGGGAAAUUUAUUCAUCAGAAGAAUCGUGUUAG